GGAAGUGGUUGACAGACAACAACACAUACAGUUGGCUAGUAAUGAGCAUUAAAGUGUUACGAGCUGUGGAAUAAACAGAAAUGAGAUGAUGGCCGUGCAGUGACACUUUGAAAAACCUUCGUGUGGCGCAAGAAAAACCAGAACAGGUUGAAUAUCAUUAGGACUGACAGGAAAACAGUGAAGUCUUCAAACCUCUCCGAUGUCUUCCGGCUGUCCUCCCCAGUCGCCUGCUGUGGCAAAGUCUGAAGUUGCAGUAGAGGGAGAAUGUCCGUUGCUGGCUGCCACCUUUGCCUACUGGGACAACAUCCUGGGCCCGCGGGUGCGACACAUCUGGUCACCGAAGGGCGACCAGCUGAUGUUCCUCAGUGAUGGAGAGGUCACCUUUCUGGCCAAUCACACUCUUAAUGGGGAGAUUCUCCGCAGUGCUGAGUGUGGCGCCGUGGAUGUGAAGUUCUUCGUCCUGGCAGAAAAGGGCGUCAUCAUUGUGUCCCUCAUCUUUGACGGUGAACUGAAGGGGGACAAGAACACGUGUGCCUUGUCCAUCAUCCUGCCGCAGACCGAGCUGGCCUUCUACCUGCCUCUGCACACCAUCUGCGUGGAGAGGCUCAAACACGCCAUCCGCAAGGGGCGCAUUUGGAUGCAGAAGGGCUACAACAUCAUCUCAGUGUUGAGCUUGGAGAUCGUCCCUAUCAUGGAGUUGUUGGCCUCCAUGAAGUCCCACAGCGUGACAGAGGAUAUAGAUAUAAAAGACACGGUGCUAAAUGAUGAUGACAUCGGGGACAGCUGCCACGAGGACUUCCUCCACAAGGCCAUCAGCUCUCAUCUGCAGACUUGCGGCUGUUCAAUCGUAGUUGGAAGCAACCCAGAGAAAGUAAAUAAGAUUGUGCGAACGCUCUGUGUCUUCCUCACCCCAUCCGAGAGGAAGUGCUCUCGCCUAUGCAAGGCAGAUUCUUCCUUUAAAUAUGACACUGGCCUGUUUGUACAGGGUCUGCUCAAGGACUCCACGGGCAGCUUUGUCCUGCCCUUCCGCCAGGUGCUCUACUCACCGUACCCAACCACUCACAUCGACGUGGACAUCAACACUGUAAAGCAGAUGCCACCGUGCCACGAGCACAUGUACAACCAGCGGCGCUACAUGCGGUCAGAGCUGAGCACGCUCUGGAAGACCGACAGCGAGGAGGACAUACCCCCAGACACAGUCAUUCACACUGAUGAAUCCUUCACACCUGACCUGAAUAUAUUUCAGGACGUAAUGCAUAAUGACACUUUGGUGAAGUCAUUUAUCGACGAGGUGUUCAUGCUGAAGCCGGCCCUGUCCCUGCGGAGCACCUAUCUGGCCCAGUUCCUGCUGCUGCUCCACAGGAAAGCCCUCACACUGCUCAAGUACAUCGAGGACGAAACGCAAAAGGGGAAGAAGCCGUUUAGAUCCUUGCGCAAUUUAAAGACAGACCUGGAUCUGACGGUGGAGGGAGACCUGAGCAUCAUAAUGGCCUUCGCUGAGAAGCUGAGGGCGGGGCUGCACUCGUUUGUGUUUGGGAAGCCAUUCUACACCAGCAUGCAGGAGCGAGAUGUACUCAUGACCUUGUGACUCUUAUUCUACAUGUGCACUUUAUUUAUUGGACGGUUAACGAAAACAUGUUUUUGUGAUAUUGUUUUUUUUAUUUUUAUUUGUAUUAAUGUUACAUUAAAGCAUGCAGAUGUUGAUUUGUGAGAUAAACACUAGAGCCUGGAUAUUUGUCUCUGCUUUGCUGGAAUGAAAAUAACAUUUUGCCUUCCUUUUGUGUGUCGAUCAAGACAAGAUUGAUUGUUGCUGCUGUUAUGAGCCAUUAUAAUUAAUGUUUUGAUAUAUUGCCUUGAUCAACUGUAAGCGUAAUGUGAGUUUAAUAUUUUAAGACAACAUAAAUUAUUCUCUGCGGAAUGAAUUAUUCAUAUGUUCUUUGCCUUCUGCUAACAAAGGGUGUUGUAUUAAUUUAUGGUGUUAAAAUUGGCUGAGGUGCCCACCAGGACACUUGCAAUUUAAAUUAAAUUAUAUUAAUGAAAGCAAGUUAUUUUUUUUCUUCACAGCCUGUGUUAUACAACAACCUUGAUUGGCCUUUAAACCUUUUGAACUUGUGGAUUGCAUGUUAGAAAGAAUCUAAUUAUGACUGUGUGCUGACAUUAGAAAAAGGUUGUGACUAAUUUUAGCAUUAGGAAAAAAACACAGAGGGUGUUUAAAUUAAAUCUUACCACAACUCUCCUUAUAAAGCCGAUCUCUUUCUGUAGAGUGUCUAUAUAAAUGACUUUUCAUAGUUGUCCAGUAAAUGGAUCUGCACUGGUUUAUGUUCCUCCCACAGCAACCCAACUUUGCUGUCAGUAUUAUAAGGACAUUUGUCUCUUAAAGUAAAUCUGUUUUGUUUAUUUGCCUUUAAAAUAUGCUUCCAAAAAUGCUCAUUAUUUUGAGGUUGUUACAUGUUGAGUCGAUAAUUAUAUUACAAUUAUACUGCAUGUAUGUACAAUUUUAAAUCUGGAGCCUUUUUUCCACUUGUAUAUGUUUAGCAGACCAAGUUUAUUGCUUUAUCUGCUCCCUUUCUUUUUACUUAAUAGACUCAUUCACUUUGUUGUAACAGUGAACUUUUGUCUUCGUGUUCAGAUGGGGCAAUCAAUAAUAAAAAAAACUGCUCUAA